AUGUUUGCCACAACACGGAAUCUACGCUGCAGCCUCUGCUGGGUCUGCCUCUGCCUCUGGCUGACUGCGGUGCUGGCGCAGGAGCAGAACUCCACAGCGGACACAGACACCUCCUGGACGCCGCUGAAGCCGCCACAGAAGCGGCAGGCGUCAAGCGGCGCAGCAGCAGCCAAGAGCUACGAUCCACCGCCGGAGUUCUAUCGGGGACCGGGCUCUGUGCAGAAGCUGGACAGCACAGCAGCUGGCUUUAUAUCCAAGCCGAUUGGUGCGCUGCCACCCGUGGGAGGAGCAGGAGCAGGAGCAGGAGCAGGAGGAGCAGCACCUGGAGCUGGAGAGAGUCUCAGCGAGGCGUACGACAAGUGGCGCAAGGGAGGCGGAUCCCGUCCGCUCCAAGAUCGCAUCAGCGUGGGCCACUAUGGCAGCAGCGGUGGCGGAUCGGCAGGCAAAAGCUUUGGCUAUGAAGGACAUCCCUAUGCCUACGACUACGGACCGGGACACGGCUACGAGCAGGGAGUGGCACCAGGACAUGGCUACGAUCAGGGAGCAGGACCACAACACGGCUACGACCAAGGGCCACUGCCUGGACACGGCUACGGCUCCAGCGUCGAGACAGGCGCCGGGCCGCCCUAUCACGUCUAUCGACCGCGACCCGAACCCGGCCACUAUGCGGGUCCCGGCGUGGAGUACACCUACAGCUCGUAUCCCCUGGACUCGCACGAGAUUGUCGCGCACAAGGGAGCGCCCGAGAUCUCCCCCAAAGCGCUGCUGGCCAAGAGCUUCCUCAUUCCGCUGGCCAGUGCCACGGUCCUGGGCAUUGCCGCAGCUUUUAUCAACAAUCCGCUGCUGCUGCAACUCGCACCAGUGCCGGGACUGGGCGUGGGAGUGGGAGUGGGUGUCGGCCCGCCCGUUGUGGGCAAGCGAAGGCGACGAAGGCGUGCGGCUCGAAGGGGAGGAAAUGGGAUGGGCUUUGCCCCAAAAUGA